AUGUUAAAAGUAGUUUAUGUAAAUUAUUCUAGUUUUUUCAGUGUAAUUGUACUGUUUAUUUUUAUUUUGUUUAUUUGUUGUUUAUUCAUAAAAGAUUAUUACAUUCUCAAGCGCAAAAUGGGUAUUGAUCACUACACCAAGCAACACAAGAGAUCCGGUCACAGAACCGCUCCAAAAUCCGACAAUGUCUACUUGAAAUUGUUGGUUAAGUUGUACUCCUUCUUAGCUCGUCGUACUGAUGCUCCAUUCAACAAGGUUGUCUUGAGAUCUUUGUUCUUGUCUAAGAUCAACAGACCACCAGUUUCUGUCUCUAGAAUUGCUAGAGGUUUGAAACAAGAAGGUGCUGCCAACAAGACUGUUGUCGUUGUCGGUACCGUCACUGACGAUGCUAGAGUUUUUGACUUGCCAAAGACCACUGUCGCCGCUUUGAAGUUCACUGCCGGUGCCAGAGCUAGAAUUGUCAAGGCUGGUGGUGAAUGUAUCACUUUGGAUCAAUUGGCUGUCAGAGCUCCAAAGGGUCAAAACACUUUGAUCUUGAGAGGUCCAAGAAACUCCAGAGAAGCCGUCAGACACUUCGGUAUGGGUCCACACAAGGGUAAGGCUCCAAGAAUCAUGUCUAAGGGUAGAAAAUUCGAAAGAGCUAGAGGUAAGAGAAGAUCUAAGGGUUUCAAGGUCUAA